AGGUUACUUUUGGCACAUUACCGACAUUCACUAUGACGUCAACUACUCAACAAAAGGAGACAGAAUGAAACAUUGCUGGAGAACUUCUUCCAACAACGCCAUACCCUCCAGGAAGCCUGGCAGGUACGGAGACUACAACUGCGACUCACCUUGGGAACUAGUCGCGUCCGCAGCACGGGCCAUGAGAGCGAAGCACGGCGACAACAUCGAGUUCGUCCUCUGGACUGGAGAUGGUAUCUCAGGUCACGCAACAGGGCGUUCUUCCGAUGACCAAGUCCACGCACUUCAGAACCUUACGCACUUGUUAUCACACACGUUCCCAGCGCAGUUCGUCUUCCCUGUACUUGGUCACGACGAUCCGGGUUCGAGUCCCGGAGAGCGCCUCGGCUAUAAGGAAGUAGGCCACUUCUGGAGGCAAUGGCUGCCGACGGAAGCCAUCCACACAUUUAACAAAGGUGGAUACUAUACGAUCGAACAAAAAGAGCACAAGAUAAGAAUCAUCGCCAUAAACACGAACUUGUACAUGGGUCAACACCACAAGGAGGACCCAGCUGAACAACUUGCGUGGUUGGAAGAAGUCUUGACUACGGCUCUUAGUAAAAAGGAAACUGUUUACCUCGUCGGACACAUGGCUCCUGGUGCAGACGAAAGGACGCCAGACGCGAUACCCCAGUUCCACGAGAAGUUCGCCAGACAGUACAUCAAGUUGGUCCGCAGGUUCUCCAACAUCAUCGUUGGGCAGUUCUUCGGCCACCUACACUCUGAUACCUUCAGGGUCAUCUACGAUGAGAUGGGAGAUGUUUUGGCCCAAAAUUCAGACCUUCUCUAG